AUGGUAUUUAAUGGCUUGAGGGACCGACUGGUUCUGGUCAUGACCAAAGGCAGACAAGUACUCGGAAUCUCAGGGGAUACCAUAAUUCUUAGUCCAUACCGUCAGCAUGGAAAAGCAUUCUCGAACGGCUUCAUGCUUGGAAAGCUUUACUUUGCACUCUCCAUUCUGGAGCCUUUCGGGAUUGCAGUUAAAGCAGGUGGGGUUUGGGAAAUACAACCGCCUCCAUCACGCAUCACGCAUCGCGCCGCUUAUUUGGCUUCAGGUACUAGGCUUCAAAAGAUCCCUCGCCUUGCCUCACUGAGCUGUAAGACGGGGAAUUGGACCUUUAACCAGCCCACCUCGCCUUACUAUCCUCACGCAUGGGACAGACAAGCUAUCAAACCUGCAUACCACCGCCAGUCUCCUGGACCCAUUCUUUCUUUCCUGUACUUCCCCUUCCCUGUCCCUUUCCUUCUCUCGGCGGCACCAAUCAACCCUGCGUCUGAGGUGUUGUAUCAACAUGUUCAGCGUGACGACCUCCUGCUGUACGAAUAG